CAGAUUAGAUAAUGCGCAUUAGUGCGUUUACACAGCCACAAAGCCAGUUGUGGUUUAUGCUGUGUAAACAGUCUGAACCGGAUUAGUAACCUCAUGCAAAGUGCUUCAAUUGGAAAAGAAGUAAGAAUCUUGGAAAGAGGACCUUAUGUAACAGUUUGGAGUGAUCUAAUGGCUCACAAUAAUAAAACAACAAGCUGUAAUUAAAAGUAAAAAGAAUUCAGCAAGAAGAAGAACUCGUUUUUAUGAGAGACAGGCUCAAGAACGUUUGCUGUUUGCUAUGACAAUGUCUUUAGCAACAGCCAGAAUGUCCUCAACACCAAGAACUAUCUGGACAAGAGAAAGAAGUUCUCAGUGGUGGGAGCGGGUUGUAAUGGAAACGUUUACCCAUCAAGACUGGAUGCACAAUUUCCGAAUGAGCCGAGAGACGUUUUUAUUCGUCUGCCAGGAAUUAAAAUCUAUUGAAAAAAGAAAUACCUCGAUGAGGAAAGCCAUUCCACUCCAAAAAAGGGUUUCUAUCGCUCUAUGGUUUCUCUCCACCAAUUCUGAUUUUAGAACGAUUAGCCAUUUGUUUGGUGUCUCUAAAGGAUCGGUUUGCCUCAUAACCAAAGAUGUGUGUAUGUGCAUUGUUGACCAUCUACUUCCUAAGUAUAUCCGUAUGCCUUGUGGUGAUGCAUUGAAGCAAGUGGUGGCUGGGUUUAAAGAGAAAUUGGGGUUUCCACAGUGCGUUGGAGCAAUUGACGGUACACAUAUACCUAUAAUCUCACCACAAGAGUGCCCAGCCGACUAUUACAACAGAAAAGGUUGGCAUUCUAUCAUUCUCCAAGGAUUGGUCGAUCACAAUGGUCUUUUCAUGGACAUUUACGUUGGCUGGCCAGGACGAGUCCACGAUGCAAGAGUUUUCUCCAAUUCCUCACUGUUCAGAAAAGGUCAAGAAGGAUCAUUGGUACCCACUUUGACGGAGAUGAUAGAGCAGUGUGAAAUUCCACUCGUGAUUCUAGGUGAUCCGGCAUAUCCACUUUUAAAGUGGCUCAUGAAGGCCUAUCCCGACACAGGACGUCUCACCCUUGAACAGAAGACUUUCAACUAUCGCCUUAGUAAAGCUCGAAUGGUUGUUGAGCAUGCGUAUGUUAUAGUUAUUGACUGGUUGACUAGUAAUUAUGGCUUAUAAACAACCAAUGCCGAGGGCGCAGCCCGAGGCUGAGGUUGUUUAUAAACCAUAAUUACUAGGCAACCAGUCAACAACUGAUUUAUUUACUGCAAAAACAGCCGCAAAACAGUCAUUUGAACAUCAGUGGAGACAGUCAAACUUGCUCUCACAGCCUCAGAAUUAUGCAGUUAGAACAGUUACAGGCAUAGAACUAGCAGUACUACUGUGGAGCUACAUGAGCUAGCUAU